UCGUUUUUUUUUCUCCUUAUUAGGUUUCUCUCAUUGAUUUUCAUUUCGUCCUCCCCCCUCCGCUGCCAGCCACCUCCCCCGAAGCCGAAGGAAGCGCCCCCCCUCGAUCCCCUCCCCAGCCCCGCUGGCGGCGAGCUCCCACGGCGCGACGGCUGACCAGUCUCGAUUUCACCGCUCCGGCCGCUGAUUGAUCGGUCGACCGCCGCGGCGAUGGGAGGAGGGUCAUGGCGGCGCCGUUAGGGGCUUCUUGGUCGGCUCCCUGUUGCGAUGGCGUCCAAGGCCGUUGCUGAGAUAGUCGAUGACAAGCAAUGCAGUAAAAGCGCCGCCGAGUCGUCCGAGGCGGCGCCUUCUCGGAGGCAGUCCGAGGAGCUAAUUGGGGGAGCAAGCAAAUCGGGGCCUGCCUCACCGAGAGCAGUUCCCCCAGGUGAUGUGGCCACGUCCAGUGGAGUGAAAGAACAAGAUAAAGACUGCAGUUCUGUUGACGGCUCUGUGAAACUGGACGAAGACGAAGAUGCGGAGAAGAGCUCGCUGCGAGGGAGCGUCAAGGAUAGCUCCGUUUCUGCCAAGUACAGCGACGGUGCAAGCAGCCUGACAAAGGCGAGCGGCAGCACCAAGGUCAGCGGCCACGCCGAUUUGGUCCAGAGCGGGAAGAGCAGCGUUUACCGGGCCAGCGCUGGCAGCGAUGUCAGUGAUGAUAGCACCUGUAGCAGUAUAUGCAGCAGCGCUAGCAAGCCUCACAAGUCCAAUGAUUCAAGGUGGGAGGCGAUUCAGGUGAUCCGAACCAAAGAAGGUUCGCUAGGAUUGAGUCACUUCAGGCUGCUUAAGAGGCUUGGCUGUGGUGACAUUGGCAGUGUUUACUUGUCAGAGCUUAGUGGCACGAAAUGCUACUUUGCUAUGAAGAUCAUGGACAAGGCGUCUCUAGCUGGCCGCAAAAAGCUUCUGAGAGCCCAGACUGAAAGGGAGAUAUUGCAGUGCUUGGACCAUCCUUUCCUUCCGACUUUGUACACCCACUUUGAGACUGAUAAAUUCUCAUGCUUGGUGAUGGAGUUUUGCCCUGGAGGGGACCUGCAUACCCUAAGGCAGAAACAGCCUGGGAAGUAUUUCCCCGAACAAGCUGCCAAGUUUUAUGUAGCAGAGGUGCUUCUUGCUCUAGAAUACCUGCACAUGCUCGGUAUCAUAUAUCGGGACCUCAAGCCAGAGAAUGUUCUUGUGAGAGAAGAUGGCCACAUCAUGCUGUCAGAUUUUGAUUUGUCCCUUCGUUGUGAUGUGAGCCCUACACUUCUUAAAUCUUCCAACCCUGGUGUAGAUCCUAACCAAAAGGGCAAUCAAGCUUAUUGUGUACAACCGGUGUGCAUUGAGCCAGCCUGUAUCCAGCCUGCUUGCGUUACGACAACCACAUGCUUCUCUCCUCGCUUUUUCUCCUCCAAGUCCAAGAGGGAGAAGAAGGAAAAGAAGGCAAAGGCAGACAUGGCAACCCAGGUCAGACCGCUCCCUGAGCUUGUUGCAGAGCCCACAGAUGCAAGGUCUAUGUCAUUCGUUGGCACUCAUGAAUACUUGGCACCUGAGAUCAUAAAGGGUGAGGGGCAUGGGAGUGCUGUGGACUGGUGGACUUUUGGCAUAUUCUUGUAUGAACUUCUUUUCGGCAAGACUCCAUUCAAAGGUUCAGGGAACAGGGCAACGCUAUUCAAUGUUGUUGGCCAGCCCCUCAGGUUCCCAGAAUCACCUGUUGUGGGUUUUGCUGCAAGGGAUCUCAUAAGGGGGUUGCUGAUCAAGGAGCCACAGCAUCGAUUGGCGUACAAACGUGGAGCCACAGAAAUAAAGCAGCACCCAUUCUUUGAAGGUGUUAACUGGGCAUUGAUAAGGUGCGCUACUCCUCCAGAUAUCCCCAAGCCAGUUGAAAUCCCUCGGCCAGGAGCCUCGACAAGUCAGAAGGCAACACCGUCAGCCGAGAAAGGUCCAGACAAUUAUCUUGAAUUUGAUUUCUUUUAGUGGAUUCUUCCAAGACCAUUUCAUGUGCAAGCUGUAAAGUUCUUUUUUCCUAGACAUUUUCUGCAUUCUAAUAACUUGAUAUGUAGAUGGCAUAUGUUCCUAGUGUUGUUGGUAAGCUCCGUUCGCAGUUCAUUUCACCUCCAUUGAUCACAUUGGAUGGGAGCCUCUAUCAGGAGUAAGCUGUAAUCCCUCAUCAAUUAUUGAGAAGUAGGGUCUCUUGAAUAACAAAUAAAUGUUUCCGUUCUGUCUGCAA